AUGGCUAGCAGCAGUAGUAACACGCACCUCAUCAUCGCGGCGCUCGAGAGCAAAAUAGUCCCGGUCCCGGACUUCGACUUACCCGCGCCGUAUACCUACGAACUCCGGCGGCACCUUCUCACACCCCCGGAAACCAUCGCAGAGCGCAUCAAAGACGCAGACAUAGUAAUAAUGAGCGUCGUCCCACUGCGCGGCAAAUUCCUAGAUCCCGCCGUCUCACCCCGCUUAAAACUCAUCGUCGUUGUGGCGGUGGGAACCGAUACAAUUGAUCUAGAAGCAUGCAAGAAGCGCGGCAUCGCGGUCGCGAAUUCACCGCUGUGUAAUUCGGUUGCUGUGGCUGAACAUGCGAUUGCGCUUUACUUUGCUGUGAGACGGUCGGUGGUGUUUUCGCAGAAGAAGUUGAGGAGCGCGGCGGAGUUUACGACGAAUGAUACGCUGCUUAAGGCUAUGAAGGGCCCUGAUGGAAACGCGCCGCGGACGUGCCGGCAUGAGACGGUGGGGAUUGUUGGGUAUGGCGGUGUUGGGAGGAUAGUGGAGUCACUGGCUAAGGCCCUGGGUAUGAAGGUCUUGGUCUCCGGCCGGAAAGGUGCGUCGGCUACAGCCGAGGGGCGGACUUCGUUUGAGACGUUGAUACGUGAGAGCUCUGUUAUCGUGUUGUGUCUGCCCCGGAGUCCGGAGACGAUGGAUCUCAUCUCGAAAGCUGAGUUGGAGGCAAUGAAGCCCUAUGCGGUGAUAGUCAAUGUCUCGCGAGGAGGCAUUGUGAAUGAGAAAGCCUUAGUUGCGGCGCUGAAGACAAGAAAGAUUGGGGGUUAUGCUACGGAUGUGUACGAGCAAGAACCACCGAGCUUGGAAACUAGUACGUUACUGGCGCCUGAUACGGCUGAUCUGAAUCUGGUUACGACGCCCCAUGUCGCCUGGUUUGCUGAAGAGACUUUUACAAAUUUCGCGGAUGCGAUAAAAGAAAAUGUUGUGGGGUGGGUGAGUACGGGUAGACCGAAGUAUCCCGUGAUAUGA